GUCGUGCCCCGCGUGGACCCUAAACAGGAAGUGAGGUAGGAGCAGCGCUGGGCGGAAGCUGCCGGUAUGGCGGAGUACGAGCAGGUACAGAGGAGCGCUCUGAAGCUUAAAGGGGUAUCGGAACUGGGCGUAACGAAGCGGAAGAAGAGGAAGGACAAGGACAAGAGCAAGGUUCUGGAGCAGAUCGUGACGAGCAAGAAGAACGAGGAGGAGAAGCGGAGGGGGCUGGACAAGCGGACGCCGGCGCAGAUCGCCUACGAGAAGAUGCAGGAGAAGAGGCAAAUGGAAAGAAUCUUAAAGAAGGCAUCCAAAACUCAUAAGCAAAGGGUGGAGGACUUCAACAGACAUUUAGACACUCUUACUGAACAUUAUGAUAUCCCCAAAGUCAGCUGGACAAAAUAGACUCCUACAACAUUCAGUGUUGUGGCCCCGAGGAAGAGGACUCAUUUGUGUUUGUUCUGGAUGACUGUGUAACUGUGGCCUGUUCUGUAAAUGCUUCCCCCCCUUUUUCUUUUUUUGAUGUUUCCUGCUAAGACUAUUUUUAAAGGCUCUGUGAUCAAGUUAGUAACUUGUCACAUUUUAUUAAAGUGGGACUCAUGGUUAUUUAAGUGUCUUUGUGACACAUAACAUUUCUAAUCUUUUAGGUUAAAAAAAUGCAAUUAUUUAUACAAAGUCAUUGAAACUUACUAAUACGAGUGUCCAACCAGGGAAGUGUGAUAAUUUGGCCUCUGAGCUAACAGUUUCUUUUAUUAACUGUCUAUUGAAAAAAAACCUUGCUACGCCAGUACCAACAGACUCUAAGGUGCUAAUUAUAGCCAGUUAUCAUUUCCUUACUCUCCUACUUGAAAAUAAUAAAGCUGUUUCAGUGUUUGGAGGAUAAUUUCA